AUGGUUAAUUCACCUUUACCAACAGAUCUUGCAGGGGAAUGCAGAAAAGCAGCAAAAAUACUGAAUAGUUUUAUUGACCCAGUUGCUGCAAAAGGACCCGAUAAGGUGAUUCCUUCUAAUAUUUUACAAAAUGCAAAGGGAUUCGCUAUCUUUACUGUUAUUAAAGCGGGAUUUUUAUUUUCGGGAAGAGCUGGAUCCGGUUUGGUUGUUGCAAGACUUGAGGAUGGAUCAUGGUCCGCUCCUUCAGCAAUCGGCACUGGUGGUAUGGGAUUUGGUGGACAGAUUGGAGCCGAAGUCACAGAUUUUGUGAUUGUUUUGAAUAGCAGAGAUGCUGUAAAAUCCUUCAUGUCUGGUGGUAAUGUGACUUUGGGUGGCAAUCUCUCAGUUGCUGCUGGUCCCAUCGGCAGAACGGCUGAGGGUGCGGGGUCAGUAUCUCUUAAACAUGUUGCCGCUAUAUUUUCGUAUAGUAAAACUAAAGGAUUAUUUGCAGGUGUCUCCAUUGAGGGAUCAGUCGUGAUUGAGCGUAAAGAUGCAAAUGCAAAAUUCUAUCAUCGUAAAGUCAGUGCCAAGGAACUUCUUUCAGGACAAGUCGCGCCCCCACCUCAAGCAGACAUUCUUUAUCGUGCGCUUACCGAUAGAGCCUCGCGUAGAUCAUCAGAAUCUACAUGGGCCGCAAACUCACGACAUAGUGGUAGUAACGAUAAUAAUAAUAAUGUAAACAGUUCAUUUUCUAAUGCCAGUGAAAAUUAUAGAUCUAGUCAACCGCCUCCAUAUAGUGUCACUGCAAAUAAUAAUCACCAUGAGACAUCAGAUGAAACAGUGCGACGCUCGACAACAUUUUCAAACGAUCAAAGCAUCGAAAAACCUCCGAUCGCUCCAAAACCCAAACGCAAUUCUAAACAUCUUACAGCUGUUGCACUAUUUGAUUUUGCCGGUGAGCAGUCGGGCGAUCUUCCUUUCAAUAAAGGUGACAUCGUCACUAUAACGCAAAAGUCUGAUAGCGUUAAUGAUUGGUGGACUGGAACAUGUAAAGGUGCUGAAGGGAUCUUUCCUGCCAACUAUGUUGAGCUACAAUAA